CGUGCAUAACCCCCCCCCUUUAGCUGUCAACAUGGCUACCUCCUGAGGGUUAAGGUCUGCAAAAAAAAUCCCUGAUUGGACACAAAUAUAAUUCCUGAGAUAGGUUCUGCAAAGAAAAGAUAUUGUAAAAUGGAGCAGAAUCUGAAGACUAUGUAAAUACUAAAUUGCUGGUGGAAUUAAAAUAGUGUAAAAGAAACAACUGUGUUGGAUUAAAAAAAAACAAGUUAUGAAUACUGCUGUGAGGGAAGUGAACGCUGCGAUCAUGCUGACAAACCCAGUGCUUGUGGAAUCUCUGGUGGUUUUCAGCAUUGUGCUGUGUGUCCAUUCUGUGAUCUGGAAUCAACUCUCUUGGUGCACCAUAGCCUUGGCCAUUCAAGCCUUCUACGUCCAGCACAAGUGGGAUCGUUUACUGAAGUCUGGCGGGGCGGUGUUUCAGUUCAGGCCCUCGGCCAACAGUGGUAUAUUGCCAGCUUGCAUGGUUAUGCCUCUGAUUGGAAUGGCUGUGAAAGAACGUUGCCAGGACUCUGGCAAUGUGUUCUUUGAGCGUUUUUCCCUUGUGGUCACAGCGACAGGCAUGGCUCUUGCCCUUUUCCUCUCUUUGAUAGCCCUCGGCAUUACCAGACCGGUGCCCACUAACACCUGUUUCAUUUCAGGCAUCGCUAGCAGUGCUGUUCUGUACACCAUAAAGCAAAUCCUGACAGUCUCGGAAGUCGUUGAAGUGCUGGAGGUCCUUCUGAUCUUUGUCUACCUCAGUCUGAUCCUCUUGUACCUGCUGCCUCGCUGUUUUACUCCGGGGGAAGCGUUGAUCAUUGUGGGAGGCAUUAGUUUUGUCAUCAACCAGCUCAUCAAACGCUCUUUGAAUGCCUCAGAGGCAAAAGGAGACCCUGUUAACUACUUCCUGUUGGUGGCAGUAGUGGGAUCACUCCUCCUGGGAAUCUUCUUUUCCCUGCUCUUCUGCUUCAUGGAAUCAGAAACCUGGGUUUCCUCACUCUUUUUUCACAUGAUGACAGCCGUUCUAGGCUUGGGGAUCAUCCUGCCGUGGCUAGCUCUUCUCAUCCACAGACAUCCCAUCAUGUGGUUGCUUGAUUUCAUGCUCCACAGCCAGACCAGGAUCUACUUGUUGGGCUACUGGGUUUUCCUGGCAGCGUUGGCUUCCGUGAUCGUCCUGCACCAGAACUCCAAGAGGUCAUCCAUGUCCAAGAAACACCAGGCAUCCACGCUGGUGAGGAAGUAUUUCCAUUUGAUUGUGGUGGCCACGUACGUCCCUGGCUUGAUCUACGACCGGCAGCUCCUCCACGUGGCCUCAGUGGGUUGUUUGGUGGUUUUCAUGCUCCUGGAGUAUGUCCGGUAUUUCCGUAUCAGACCCACAGGCCAGCUGCUCCGGCAGCUGCUGACUCUCUUUCUGGACGAACGUGACUCUGGCCCCCUGAUCCUCACACACAUCUACCUCCUCCUUGGGGUGUCCCUUCCCAUUUGGCUGUUCCCUGGACCCUGCACCCCCAAAGGGACCCUCCCUGGUGCAGGUGCGCUGGUACCUUACGCAGGGGUACUCGCAGUGGGGGUUGGGGACACUGUGGCAUCUGUUUUCGGUAGCACCCUUGGGGAGAUCCGCUGGCCUGGGACCAAGAAGACCGUGGAGGGAACGGCCACUUCCAUCUUUGCUCAGAUCAUCGCUGUUGCUUUGUUGCUGAUCUUUGACGGCACUGUUAACUUGAACACAAGUUACAGCUGGAUCGUGGGGUCAAUAACACUAGUUUCCUUACUGGAAGCCUACACAUCCCAGAUAGACAACCUGAUGUUACCUCUUUACCUUUUCGUACUACUGAUGAUAUGAACACAGUGUGGAAUGAAAUCCUAUUAGUAAGAAGUCAUGCUAGUACUGUAUCCACUUUCAAGAACUAUGUUCAGGUAAUGUUUCAAUUAAUUUACCAUCUGGCAGUAUUUUAGGGGCUCAGAACCAUUAUGAAUUUUGUUCCCUGUUGUAAAAUAUAUUUUAAUUAUGAAAUUAUCAACCCCGUGAGUUUUAACUUUUGCCCAGCUUUGAAUACUAGCAAAUGGAUAUAUUUGCAAACAUUACAAGAGGAAGAAAACCCAAAUUAACACAUUUGAAUUAUUUGUUGAUUUAUGUAUAAAUAAUGUUUACAGAAAUUCUAAAAGGUAAAUAGCGAUUGAUUGUGCAUUCGUUAGUGGUUCUAGCAAUUUAUUAUUAUUAUUAUUAUUAUUAUUAUUAUUAUUAUUAUAAUGUGAUGUUACCACCCAAAGUGGAUACAGUACUUUUAAAAAUGCACUAUUCUUUCAUACUCCUUUUUUGUACACUGCAUAUCUAAAGGAUCAACAAGGAAGACUAGAGGACAAGGACUGCCUGCAGUGUAAUGCCCUGGUUUUACAAUGAGAAUCAUGACAAAACGGUUAAGGUAUAAUUGCGGUGUCUCUCCAUUCAGUGGUAAAUGUGUAACAACCAAGGAUUUCUGAUUUUCAUAUUUUUGAUUUACCAGACUUUAUUUCCACGUCUUUCUUGCCACUAUAAAUGAACUUCCUGUCGUAGUGCCUAGAUACUAUUUCCUGCACAUGGAAAGUCCCUCCAUUAGAUUUAUAGUGUUGUGCAGGAUAAGUGAAAUUAAACUGUGAGCUGCAGUGAAAACAAAGUCUGGAAAACAAAUAUAUACAGCUGAAAUGCAAGACAAAUCCUUGGUAAUGAUGCUUUUACUAGAUGUCAUUGGUAUUCGACAAGUGACGUGAUCCCUUUAAUAUUGUGUACGUGUUUUAAUUUUCUCUGGGUAGGCUUCAUUCCCAAGGGGGUCCCAGUACCUGGAAGCCUUUGGCUACUGAAAUAUUAAACAGGUUAUUGGAUUUCUCAAUUUGUUUUCCCAUGUUGCUUCCUGAGUUUCUUUUGGCUCUUAUUGUUCACUUCAGAUAAUAACCAACAGAAAGUCAAACGAGUGCAUUAGACAGCAUUUAAAAGCCAGCUAAGCCCAGCCGGUGCCACUUAGACGUACUUAGGUCACGACAACAACAAAUUGAUACUGUAUGUACUGUAGUGGUACUGAGUUUAAGUUCAGCAAUCCUGCCACUAGGUGGUACCACUCUACAAGUCAAACAAUAAACUUGACUGAUCUUUAGAAGUCAGCCAAUUCUUUAAUGCGGUCCUUAAUUUCAAGGGAGAAUGCACACAGCUCUUUCUUUGCAAUGCACAGUAUUGAACGCUGUAAAGAACGCUUGGUUUGUGUGCUGUUCUGUUGCACUGGAUACUAGACUGGCCUGAAUCGGGCAGUUCUAGCAACAUACAUAAUGAAGGAAAUGUAGGUUUCAUCAAAGGGAGUGGAAUAAUGGAUUUUAGAAGAUUCCUGGCAUGUGGUACUAAUUUAAAAUCACAUGUUUUUUGCACUUAAGAUGUGAUGACAUUAAGAUGUGAGUAGAUUGCUCCCAAGUGGUGCAUCCAGUAAAUGUACUCUGCAUGAUUAUUAUUAUUAGUUUAUUUUGCAGACACCUUUAUCCAAGGCGAUUUACAGACUAGGGUGUGUGAACUAUGCAUCAGCUGCAGAGUCACUUACAGCAACGUCUCACCUGAAAGACGGAGCACAAGGAGUGAUUUGCUCAGGGUCACACAGUGAGUAAGUGAGUGAGAAGGGAUUUGAACUGGUGACCUCCUGGUUACAAGCCCGUUUUUUUAACCACUGGACCACACAGCCUGCUGUAGUUUGGCGAUCGCCAGUUCAGAUCCAAGCUAUGACACUGACAAUGGCCGGGAGUUCCCAGGGGGCGGCGCACAGUUGGCCAAGCACUGUCCGGGCGGGGUGGGUUAGGUCGGUUGGGGAAUCCUUGGCUCUGGUCUGGAGUCAGUGGAUAGACCACAAAUCCACCUCAAGUCCUCGGCUAUCCAGGGUAAUUUAGCUAGCCUAAAUUAAAGGGAUUUGUAAUUUACGUAAAAGCAGGAAAUCUUGCAUGCAUCUUAUGAACGCUCCAUCAAAUAAAAUACAGUAGUGUUGGCUGGAUUUCUUGCUAACAGAACUUCGUUUAGCAUGGUACGGUACAGUAUGCGCAGUCAGUUACUGUAUGUUUCAUUAAUUCUUUGUGGUUUAUUUAUAAGAGCUCAACAGUGCUUACUCUUAGAGUUAGUUUAGAUAACUGCUUGGCAACACUAAUGCAUGCCACCACAGCGUGUAAUAAUAUAUCUGUGUAAUGAUUUUUAUAAGGAACAUAUUUCUGUAAGUGUGAUUGUACAGCUUGAUAAAGCUGAUUUUUAUAUCUUUGUUUUCUAUUAUUGUUUUGGAAUGAUGGGGACUGAUUUUUCUAUUCUGGGUUUCAAAAAUAAUUAUGAUAGCCAAGCAUGAAAUAUCGUAAUCACAAUUGCUUGACAUCAGAGCCCCUAUAGAAAUACAUAUACAGAAGUCAAAGGGGGAAGGAGGAGGUGUAGUGAUAUCAUUUAUUGUAGAUUGGGCGAACAAACUAGUAAGGGCCAAGUUUACUAAGUAUUUAGUCCAGUUCUUUUUAAUUUCCACCAUUGGUUUCUAAAUGGAAAAACUGGUGAUGUAUGCGAGCGACGUACAUGCCUCCCCACCUCUACAAAUACAAAAAUAAAAUCCCCAUGACCUCCACCCCCCAUAUAAAGUUUGAUAUAUAGACAGACAGACUCUUUGUAAGUACAGAUUACUAAAGAAUGCCCUCGGCAAGAUUCAUUACAAUUGGACAAGCAGUUAUGUAGAUCUAUGUAAAAACUGUGUGUCAUAAAUACAUCUGCCAGCAGUGAGAAGGAUAUAAUUGGCUAAUCAGAGGCUCCUGUGUAUGAUGGAUUUAUAACAGUCCAUCCCCUUCAGAACAAAAUGGUGCAAACCCUGCACUGGACUAAAUGCUUAGAGUCUGUCCCAGACUUAGUGAUCCUUGAGACCCUAAAACUGUUAAUGCGGCCGGCAGUGGGUUCUAAGGAAACGCUAAAGGUCAAAAAUAAUAAGGAAUUCUCAGACUCUUUGAAACAUGCAAAGACAGUAAGCAAACAUGAUCUUUAUUAAAAGUGUUUAUACAGGACAUUGUGGAAUAACCGUUUGUAUGUUGCAGUUUUAAGUGCCUGUAAUACUUGGGGGGAUAAUGUCAUACAUUGUGGCUCAGGGUGGAUUCAUUGACACUGCUUCUCAUUGGCUUUCGAAUAUGAAUUGUUGUUUUUGUUUGGUUUUUGUAUAUUUUGCCUUUUUUUGUGAAACUUUGUUCGAGUAACGUGUGUAAUAGGGUACCUGUCACUGGUUUGGCUGUCAUAUUCAGAGUCUGUCAUAACAGAGAUGGAAAUAAGACUCCAAGUACAUAGAAGCCGUUUUAGAAUGUUAGCUGGCUAUGAGCUUGAUACCUGUAUCAGUGCAUUAGUACACAGUCAUGUUUAAAAGUGUACUGUACUAACUUGCUCUCUAAAAGCAAUAGCUGUUUUCUGAGCUGUUGUUGAUAACAGCUGCACUCUUACUCAGGGUACCUAUUAAUAAAAUCAUGCUGUUUGUCCAGUAGUGAUACCUGCAACCUCCAGCCUGCUCUUGAUAUGAGGUCCAAACCACAUUAUUCCUGCUCAGUAGAGGGACACUGCAGCAGAACUGGUAACAUAAUCUGUAGUGUCUUUCACUGCUGUACAUAUUGACUGAGCAAUUCUGUUUUCCUCCCUGUGUCGACGGAGAACCUUGGUGGUGUUUUGUUUCUCCUUUUGUUUUUACUGUAUGCAUUUUCUGAAUGGCAUGUUAAGUAUUUAUACUACUGAACUGAACUUUCUUUUUGCUGCCUCCUCCCCAAAAUGUACAGUGGGUCACGAAUGGAAAAACAAGGGUCUGUGAUGACAAAUAAAUGACAAGAUUUAUACA